ACAGCUGAUUGACGGAGGGGCGGGGGGGUGUUUGUUUACUUUUUGUCGUCAGUCUCUCUCCCUCUCUCAGUGCGGGGCAGCAAUGGGGCGUGGUUGGUGUUGACCUGAGGGUGUCCCGCCUCUGACCACCUGCCCGGGGCCAUGAAGAGGGUGGUGCUCUUCAGGAAUGGCUCAGGCGUGGACGGAAAGGUGGUGCUGGUGACUCACUCCCUGGAUGAGCUGCUGGUGGAGGCGUCGCAGAAGCUUGGCGUGUGUGCUGCGCUGCUCUUCACGCCACAGGGGGGCCUCAUCGAUGAUCUCCGCCUUAUAAGAGACGAUGAUAUUCUGUAUGUAUCAGAGGGGGAGGACUUCCACCCACCAGCCCAGCCUAGCCCCGGCAUACGUCCCGCAGGGUAUGUGGGUACCCGGGCCAUGGCCACCCCCUCUCCUGUGCCCGCCUGCCCCACCACAGGUUCCUCAGGGCAGGGUGGGGCAGAGGGGCGUGAGUGGGUGACCCUUAAUGUGGGCGGCCGUCUCUUCACCACUACCCACGCCACGCUGGUCACCAAAGAACCCAACUCUAUGCUUGCUAAAAUGUUCACCCUGGGAGGAGAGUCUCUGGUGCCGAGCUGCCGCGACGCCCUUGGUGCCUUCCUCAUAGACCGUUCCUACACCUACUUCGAGCCCAUACUGAACUAUCUCAGGAAUGGUACCUUGAUUCUGGACCCUGGCAUCAAUCCUGAAGGCGUUCUGGAGGAGGCACGGUUCUUUGGCAUCGAGGGGGCCAUACCUGAGCUAGAGGCGGUGGUGGCGGCGAGGGAGAGCAACCGAGAGAUGGAGCCCCUGAAGCGGAGGCACGUGGUGGAGGCGCUCAUCACCACACACCACCGGGACGAGCUCAGGUUCCAGGGGGUCAGUCUGCGCGGCGCCGACCUCUCCAAGCUGGACUUACGGAAUAUUAAUUUUAAGUUUGCAGACCUCUCUGGGUGUAACCUCUCCGGAGCAAAUCUGAAUGGGUGCUGCCUGGAGCGUGCCAACCUGUGCGGUGCCACACUAGAGGGGGCCCAGCUGCUCAACGUGAAGCUCCUGUGUGCCAACAUGGAGGGUGCCAACUUGAGGGCCUGUAACUUUGAGGAUCCAGCUGGUACUAGGUCCAACUGUGAGGGCGUCAACUUGCGAGGGGCAGUCCUGGAGGGGAGCAUGCUGGCCGGGGUCAACUUCAGGGUCGCCACACUCAAGAAUGCCAACCUCAAGAACUGUGACCUGCGUGCGGCGGUGCUGGCAGGGGCUGAUCUGGAGAACUGUGACCUCUCUGGGAGUGACCUGCAGGAGGCCAACCUGCGGGGUGCCAACCUCAAGGACACAGCUUUUGAGUUGAUGCUGACUCCCCUGCACAUGUCCCAGACCAUGACAUGUGACCUCUGACCUGGGAUGACCCCAGCCACCCCAGCUGCCUCAGACUGCCAGUGUCUCUGACCCUCUGCCAGACGUGCACACGGCAACCACUAGUCCCGUCAGGUGGAGGGAAGAGACUGAUGCUGCUGAAUGUAUUACAGACACAAACCUUCACUGGCAAGAGUGUGUGUGUGUGUGUGUGUGUGUGUGUGUGUGUGUGUGUGUGUGUGUGUGUGUGUGUGUGUGUGUGUGUGUGUGUGUGUGUGUGUGUGUGUAGCCAAAGUGGAUACAUUUGAACCAAAGCUCAGAGGAAGGAAAUGUAAUACAGCUUGUAUGUAGUCCCUGUGAAGUGGUUCAUUAUGGCACAUUCUGACAUGCAGCUGUUGUCUAAUAAGUGUGUGUGUGUGUGUGUGUGUGUGUGUGUGUGUGUGAAGUUUGUAUCACUUGUCAAGUUGAUUUUAUACAAGUUAGUACCACAUUUCUCUUGGGUGACCUUGAAGCCGUGUCUCAUCUGCUAGACAGUCGGGUGAAUGUCACUUGACGCCUUUGUCUUUUGUCACUGUUCACAGAAGAGUGGCGUGUGCAGCGUCACACAAGCACAAUGUUGUCACUUGAAGCACAAAUCUACACUCAAGUUCAGCACUGCAGCACCAAGAGGAAUCCACUCAGUGUGGCUCCUGUGUAAAUGUUGUAAAAGCAGACGGCUUACAACUCAAUAGCUAAGCUGUGUUCAUUAGACACUUGUGAGUGCUCCACCAGCCACCUUGUCUGCUGAGAGAAAAACAAUAUUCCUUUGUAAUGUUUUCCUUGAAACACAGAAAUUCAAUUAAAGGCAGGACAAAUUGGCCACAAAAAGUUGUUGCCAAGAAUUGAACCUUGGCAGGACAUGCAAGGUAACCAUGUGAGCCCAACAUGUCGCUGCUCAGGCCACCAGUGACUGCCAAGAGCCGAGUGACAUGGUGGACGUUGCCUGUUCCGUCACUGCACCCUGUCUCCUCACUGCCGAUGUCCUGCUCCCCCACGAGUUGGGCAGGGACCAGUGCAUUCCUGAGUCCCAUGAACUGUGCUCAAAUUACUGCCACCUCCAGCAAGAGCUCAAUAAAACCUGCCAGCUUAAUGGCAGCAGGAUUGUAGCAAGGGAAACUGACUUUGAAGUUUUGAUAAAGGCUUGCUUGUCUGAUGCCUGUGUGACUGUUGACUGUACCUCCAUGCAUGUCAUAUGUUUCCAGUCAUUUGGUUCCUAAUUAACUGUGAUUUUGUUUCACCUAUGCCAUAAUGUUUGUACAACUGACAUAUAACAUAGUGGGUCUUAAUGCAACUCAGUGCUGUACAGGGUGACGUGUACAUACACCUGUGUGAGGACAACAGUUACUUUCCCUGUGGGAAUGAUGACUUGUACCUCAGCGUUGUGACAGGGUAGCUAACACUUGAUUCUCUGUGUCUGUCUGUUGCCCACUCUUCAUGCUCAGUGUUUUGUCACUUCCUACACUGUUGUCUUCAUUGAAAUUCCUGUGUUGAAUGACCUGUCUUCUCAACCUGUCGUGGAACAGCCAGCCUUGUAGUGUCUCCUGCUGAGAAACUUUUUCAAGCUUUACUUUGAAUUAGGUUAAGCAAUAGCAUAGUAAGGACUUUUCCUAUAAUCAACCUUGCUGUUGCCUCUACUUUUGCUACAAUAACCUGUUAUACAUUGUCUAAAUGCAAGGCAAAUCCCGUACUGCCGUGAGGACUCUUCCACCUUGUGAUGUUGUAGAACACACCUGUGAUGUACCUUUGGGGCCUCAACCAUGUCGCCUGUGGCUCUCCUGUGUGCCUGUGCCUGUGUCUGCAAACCUUCAGUGUCCUUUUUCUAGCUGUAGCAGUCUAUUGUAUAAUUGCUACACCUUUUUUAGGCCACCAACUGUGUUGUGUGGAACGUUUCAGUAUAUGAGCUGCAGCAGCUCUUGAUGUCUGUGUGAAGAGACAGAAGACAAUAAAGUGUCUGGGAUCUUGAA